AUAUUUAAUUUGGUUUAAUAACAAUAAUAUUCUAAAAUUAUUUAUAAACAGGCAUCUGAAAUAUCACUGCAGUGAAGGUAAGGGAGUUGCACAAUAUUGUUAUAAGUUAUAACAAAAGAAAUAUAGUUUUAGUUUCCAUUUUUUAAUACCAAUUAUUGUCAAUGUGUUUUUGGGAGGGAACUUGCCUUAACACAGGAAAUUUUUUAAGGUCGAGGCUCUCAUUCAUGUAUCAACAUCAUUCAUAUAAAUUAUUUUAUGCUAUUUCAUGUAAGUUAACUAUUUAUAAAUAUUUUUUAUUAAAGAACUAAUUAAAUAGAUGUUUCUUUUGAUUGGCUUUCUCUUAUCACAAACAAAACUACAUAUUUUAUAUAUGGGCAAAGUAUGAGCCCAUUAUUAAUAAAACAUAAAUGAUUUAUGUUUUACGCAUAAUUCCUGUCUGUUUUCGUCACAGCGUCAACAGAAAUUGAAAGAAAGUAACGGAGGACGAGUGCUUUACUUAAAAGAGUGCAAUUAGACUGAUUUAUUUUUUAUAAAUAAUUUCCUUAGUUUUCAAAUUGGAGGUUUGAAAUUGCAAUUCUUGGCUUAAGGGCCCAUUACGGGAUUAAUGCUGGUUAAUCUUAACAGGAAGUUAAAAUUAUAAAUCUGUUUUCGUUAUACUGGGCACUGAGGUUUAUAUAUGUGUCUAUUUCUAAGUUUAAGUUUUAACGCCUAAACAGAUCAGAAUGAAUUUCGGUAUGGUGGAAGGUGUCUUUUUGAAAAAGCCAUUGCCAAAGCCAGUGAUUACGUCAUGCAAAUUGCUGCAGAUAUGCAGCUAGGCAAGUAGGCGGUGCCGCGAUGUUGCCUCUUCGGCUGCGUCGCGUAAGUGGACACGAGGGCCGCGAGAAUGACAUAUUGUUCCACCCGCCACGGUCGAAGCCACCGACGCCUGAAACGUUGGUGUUUUUCGGUGGAGAUGUGCAGGAUUACGAGGAAGUUAUGCAAGCCCACCGUGAUAAUAAGAAUUACGUGAGAUGGAGUCUCGAGAACACGGCGCGUCUGCUGAGCGAACACUUCCCGACCAAACACAUCGUAGUCGUGAGACCGGCUCGCAUAGAGUACAAAAGCUUCAGCUGCUACGACAACUUCGUCCCCAGCAGCAACGCCGGAGUGCCCGAACACACGCCGACUCACAGUGCGCUGCACCACCUCGAGAAAUUGCUCCAAGAGGUGGGCAGCAGGGUAAAAGCGAUGCCGGUCAGACAGUUGUGUGACGCUGUGGUGUCUCUCUUCUCGGAUGAUGUCGAACAGAGUUGUAGUCGGAAAGAUAGCGACUCAAACGGCGCGACUAAAUGUGAUGCGGUUAAAGGAGAGAGCGACGACGAUGACACGCAAGCCUCCGCAGCCAUGAGAUGGCGCGAGUGCCUCCUCUUGGGCGAGAGCAAGGUGUCGGUGAUGGGGUUCAGCAAGGGCUGCGUGGUGCUGAACCAGUUCAUCUACGAGUUCCACUACGCCAAGACCCUCACGCCCUGGGACAAGCACAUGUGCAGGUUCAUAGAGCGCAUCCAAUCCAUGUGGUGGCUGGACGGAGGUCACGCCGGAGGGAAGAACACCUGGAUCACGGCUCGCAGUCUGCUGGAGACGCUGGCGCGACUCGACGUAAACGUCUACGUGCACGUCAGUCCGUAUCAAGUCAACGACGAAGGCCGACCUUGGAUUGGAAGAGAAGAGAAGACUUUCAGCUCCUUACUUCACAGGCUCGGGGCUAAGAUCGAGCGGUACGUGCACGCAGAAGGCAGCACCCGUUACUCGCUGAAUACGCACUUCAACGUGCUCGCAAACUUCAAAGAGGUGCAGGACUCGCGCUCGCCGGACCCCCACAACGUGUCCGACGACGAUAACUAAUUUUAAAAGAUAUUUAUCAAUAUCAUUUCUCUAAUGUGGGCCCGGCUUCACGAAACAUAUAUAUAUAUAAUUACAAAAGUAAAGUUUUCAAAAAGAUUGUAUAUUUUAGCAAAAUUCUAUUUUCAGAGUUUAGAAACGGUCUCGAGAUAUAUUUUGUUAAGAGUGUUCAAACUUAUCUUUAAUAUGUAUGAAAAAAAUGAUACACUUCGUAGGUUGGACCGAAACGUCUGGAGCCGAGCUAUACCGAUUACCGUAAGUUUCGUUAGCAAUUACAAACAAACUUUAAAUUGUUAGUCAUUAAUUUUAUUGAAUUAAAUCAUAUCGUUAAAACUGAUCUCAUUUACUCGAAUGUAAUAUAAUUUAUUAAAAAUAAAGAUGAUAUUUUGAACGUAA